UGAAUGGGCGUGAGAGAGAGCGUGAGGGACUGAGCAAAUCAACCUGCCUCUUUUGACUGAACAACGGUAUGGAAGAGCUGAGCUCCUAGCCACACUGAUCAGAGAGGAGUUUUAUUUUUGGAGAGGGGAAGAAGGGAGCAGACAAGGGGAACCGAAGAGGGACGAGGAGGAGAAAAGGCAUCAGAGUGGGGAUAGAUAGCAGAAAAAUGCUGUCAUGGGGAGAGGGGGAGGGAGCAGACAGAAAGAAACAGAAUGAGACCAGGCAGGGUGGAGCGGAGCUGAAAUGUGGAGGUGUCCAGUGGAAGAGACCAAAGAGAAGCAAGCAGGUGCUGAGGGGUGGGAGCUGAUGGAUGACAGAUCAGAGAGGCCAACACACACGCAAAUCCUCCCCAACCCAGAGGACAGAGAGCUGGACCACACCACAACUGGACCCCACCACGACUGGACCCCACCACAACUGGACCCCACCACGACUGGACCCCACCACGACUGGACCCCACCACGACUGGACCCCACCACGACUGGACCCCACCACGACUGGACCCCACCACGACUGGACCCCACCACGACUGGACCACACCACGACUGGACCCCACCACGACUGGACCACACCACGACUGGACCCCACCACGACUGGACCCCACCACGACUGGACCCCACCACGACUGGACCCCACCACGACUGGACCACACCACGACUGGACCCCACCACGACUGGACCACACCACGACUGGACCACACCACGACUGGACCCCACCACGACUGGACCCCACCACGACUGGACCCCACCACGACUGGACCCCACCACGACUGGACCCCACCACAACUGGACCACACCACAACUGGACCACACCACGACUGGACCCCACCACGACUGGACCACACCACGACUGCACCACAAAGCCAAAGCUGGAGGACGUCCUAAAGGAACUUGGAAUGGGUGUACGUUUUCCAGACCUAAAACAUAUUAUUGUAUCUGA